AUGACUCUUGCAAAACUAUUUUCGCAAUCUUUGAAUAGACGUGUCGCUGGACUCCGUUCCCCCUUUGUCAACACGUCGUCGCCAUCUACUUUUGCUCUCAAGGCACGCUUCUUCAACACGUCUCGCCCUAGAGCAAAUGCUUCCUCCUCUGCCAAGCAAACUGCUUCCCCUUCUCCUCUUCCAAGCAAACGCUGGAAGAUUACAAAGCGAGUCGGUUUGGGUCUGAUUGCUGCUAGCGUCUUUUGCUAUGGUGUUUCCAUCUACAGAUUCCGUCAUCCCGAUGAAAAGCAACCUUUCCCUGACCCUUCCAAAAAAACUCUGGUCAUUUUGGGUGCCGGUUGGGGUGCCACCUCCAUCCUCCGAACGAUCGAUAGCUCUCUUUACAAUGUCGUCGUCGUCUCCCCCAGAAACUAUUUCCUCUUCACCUCUCUUUUGCCUUCUACCGCCACUGGUUCCGUUCAUAGCCGUAGCAUUGUCCAACCCAUUCGCUAUCUUCUCCGUCACAAGUCUCACUUCGUCAAGUUCUAUGAGGCCGAGUGCAGCGACAUCGAUAAAGAUAGCAAGGUCGUCGAAAUCCGUAGACAAACUUCUGAUGGUCAGGAGUUGGUCGAGCAAAUUAAUUACGACUACUUGGUCAGCUCCGUCGGUGCCGAAACCCAAACUUUUGGCAUCCCCGGAAUCGAAGAGCAUGGUUGCUUUUUGAAGGAAAUGUGGGAUUCCCAAAAAAUUCGCACCCGUAUCAUGAAGUGUCUCGAACAGGCUCAGUUCAAGAACCUUGAUCCUGAAACCCGUCGCCGUUACGUUCACUUCGUCGUCGUCGGUGGUGGUCCCACCGGUAUGGAAUUCGCUGGUGAAAUGGCUGAUUUCAUCAAGGAUGAUCUUAAAUCUUGGUACCCUGAACUUGCUAACGAUUUCUCUGUAACCCUAAUCGAAGCUUUGCCUUCCGUUCUUCCCAUGUUCAGCAGCAAGUUACGUGAAUAUACCAAGUCUCUUUUCGCUAAAACCAACAUCAACAUCAGAACCAACACUGCCCUCAAGGAAGUCACCCCGGACAACAUCAUCGUCGAAGUCAAAGACCCCGAAGGCAAUAAAGUCGAGGAGGCUAUUCCUUUUGGACUCUUGGUUUGGGCUGGUGGUAACCGACCUCGUCCUCUCAUCAACAAAGUCAUCCAUUCUUUGGAUGAACAAACCAACCGCCGUGGUUUGAUCGUUGAUGAUUACAUGCAAGUCAAUGGUAUGCAAGACGUCUUUGCCCUUGGUGACUGCACUUCCACUGCUUAUGCCCCUACUGCUCAAGUCGCGUCUCAACAAGGUGCUUUCCUUGGUCAAUUGUUCAACAAACUUGGUUCCCUUGACUUUGAAAAACCUCGCAUCGACAGACAUAUUGCCGUUGGUGAGGAAUUAGAUUCCGCCGCUCUCAUCUCUCUCGCUAAUGAGAAGCACGCUUCUACUAAGGUCUUCCGUCCUUUCAAAUAUUCUCACCAAGGCUCUCUUGCCUAUGUUGGUCAUGAAAAAGCAAUCGCUGAUUUGAAUGUUCCUUUCCUCGAUAAGCAAAUUCAUGCCAGUGGUUACCUUGCUUUCUUUUUCUGGCGCUCCGCCUAUCUUUCCGAAUUGUAUUCCCUUCGUAACCGUACCAACGUUAUGUUGGAUUGGAUCCGUACUUCCCUCUUUGGCCGUGAUAUUUCUUCCCUUUAA